UCUUAUAUGUUGCAGCUUCUCCUCUGUGUUUCUCCCCACGUUUUAAGUCCCUUUGACAUUGUUUUUAAUAUUCAAGAGUGUGGACAUCUUUGCUUUUGUUGUGAACAUAACCAUGAAUUUGAAGAGAAAAGCAGUAGCAACUGACACUACCAAUGAGCUCUUCCCACAGCACAAGAUGAAGAAAACUUGGGAGGAUGCAAAGUCUGGUCACAAAUGCUUCGUGCUGUAUGCAAGGUCACUCCACAUCAGUUGGAGUGACCAUGAAUAUUGGAUGUGGGAAAGUUUUAAAGAAACAAGUGAUGAGAAAAUUGAAGUAGCCAGACUAAGAACUGUUUGUUGGCUGGAAGUGAAAGGAAAAUUCAAAAUAUCAGACCUUUCGCCAGGAACUGUAUAUGAAGUUGUGUACGUAGUCAUGUUAACAAAAGAGGCAUCCGGUUGGGAACUUCCUGUGAAGCUUAAAUUAUCUCUCCCUGAUGGAAAAGUUCAGGAGCGUCAAGUUAGUCUCUUGCAGAAGCCUAGAGGGCCAUGGAUGGAGCUCAGUCUUGGCCAUUUCUGCACAGGGGAGAAUGAUGAAACAGGAGAAGUUUGCUUUGAUCUCUACGAGAUUGGGGGCCACUGGAAAAGUGGACUUGUAAUAAAGGGUGCCAUUCUAAGGCCGAUAAACUGAAUCGCUCGGUGUUUGGGUAGUGAUCCUUUUAAAAAUUAUAGUGAUUACAUCACUUUGAUAAGUAUUUGAUAAUUUUAUUUGACGGUGAUUUUAGGUUAUCAAAAAUAAUCACAUCAUUACU